GCGCGACCGAGCGACCGACAUCAACCUUUAAUUAAUACAGUCUGUCGCAGGCACUCGUUGAUCCAACCUUGUGUACAGCAUGCUGUGUGGCCUCCGUACAAUCCAGCGAUAACCAUGGCCUCCACUGCCGGUGCAGGCGAUGCCUUUACAGAACCCACCGUCCCUCUGAUUCCUAAUUCCGCUCCCUCGCAAGCACCGCGCGCAUCAGAGCCCCACGAGCGCAUCAAUGCUCCCGACUCGCUCGCUAUAAACAGAGAUGCUUCGCUGACUCUGGGCACCGAAACCCUCGUCAUCUUGGAUGAAGCUCUCGUAGAUGCCAAAAGCGCCAAUUGCUGUAACCUACCUCUUCCUGGCAAGAAGAAAGCCACUCGCUCAAUACCCUUUUACAACAUUCUCUGGGCCGAGCUCGUGGACAGCGACCAUAUUACAAUUCAGUAUGCGCAGACGGUAUCCAACAAAUCCGUUCGCCCGGCCACCAUCAGCUACCACGUUGAUAAGCCCGACAGCCAGUUGAUACAAGCAUGGAUAGAGAAACUUCUAGAUCGCGCUUACGGAGCGUCGCAACGGCGAAAGCGGGUCAAGGUGCUCGUCAAUCCGUUUGGAGGGCAAGGCGGCGCCGUCAAGAUGUACAACAAGCAGAUUGCGCCCAUCUUUGCUGCUGCAAGAUGCGAGCUGGAUGUGGAGAAGACGACACACAACGGACAUGGUGUAGAGAUUGCACAGAACAUGGACAUUGACGCAUUCGACGUCGUAGCAUGUUGUUCUGGAGAUGGCAUACCACAUGAAGUCUGGAAUGGGCUGGCUAAAAGGCCAGAUGCUGCGAAAGCUCUGGCCAAGAUGGCUGUCGUUCAACUGCCAUGCGGUUCAGGCAAUGCCAUGAGUCUCAACUUCAACGGGACGAAUGAUCCAAGUAUAGCUGCCUUGGCCAUUGUCAAAGGCCUACGUAUGUCGCUGGAUCUCUCAUCAGUGACACAGGGCGGCCGUCGCACACUCUCUUUCCUUUCCCAGUCCCUUGGUAUCGUAGCCGAAUCCGAUCUGGGAACAGAAAACCUGCGAUGGAUGGGCAGCGCCCGCUUCACCUGGGGGAUCAUAGUGCGCCUACUCAGCAAAACAGUGUACCCCGCCGACAUCGCCGUCAAAGUCGAGUACAACAACAAAGCCGCCAUCCGCGAAGUCUACCGCGCCGAAGCCGCCAAACCGCACGGCAGCAACGAAACCCGCACCCUCCCAGCCGCCGACGCAGGUCUCCCCCCUCUCAAGUACGGCACAAACACCGACCCCUUACCUGAAGGCUGGGAACUCAUCCCCCACGACAAAAUCGGCAACUUCUAUGCCGGAAACAUUGCCUACAUGUCCGCCGACGCAAACUUCUUCCCCGGCGCCCUCCCCUGCGACGGCUGCCUCGACCUCGUCCGCAUCCGCGGCGACUUGCCCCGCGUCACAGCUAUCAAAACCCUCCUCUCGGUUGAAAACCACACCUUUUUCGACCUCGACCAUGUUGAUUACCAGAAAGUCAGCGCGUAUCGGAUUAUCCCGCGGGAUCAGAAGGAUGGGUAUAUUAGUAUUGAUGGGGAGAGAGUGCCCUUUGAGGGGUUCCAGGUUGAGGUGCACAAGGGGUUGGGGACGACGUUGAGUAAGAAUGGGCAUUUGUGUGAGGCUAAGGGGGUUUGAAGGAAUGUGGGAUUGUUCUGUGUGCGUUUUUUUUCGUCUUCUUAUCUGUCUAGCGCGCUAUCAAGAGUAUGCAGGUUGUUGAAUCCGUACAUUAACUGUCUUUUUUUCUUUUACUCUUUAAUUUCAAGGGAGCUCUCUUUUUCUUUUUCUUUUUGCAUGUAUUUCUCUUGAGAUGGAAGUUGAGAGCGAUUAAAUCUUCCUGUUAAAUGAUUCCCCCUUCUUUUCUUUUUGAUUACCAUUUCACUCAUCCUAUGUUGGUCUCUCUCUCAAGUCAACCAAUCUAUCCUCAUUAGUUCGCAAUCUCCCAUAUACCCUACCCCACAAUUCACG